AAGAUGGCGGCGGCCGGCGCGGCGCUGGAGGAGGCCAGCCUGCUGGCCUGGCUGUUCCGCGGGGCGCCGGGGUCGGCGCCGGGGCCGGAGCUGGCCGGGUACCUGGCGGAGCUGGCGGGGCUGGGGCUGGAGGCGCUGGGCCGCGAGCCGGGCCGCCUGGCCGAGGAGCGGGCGCUGGCCGCCGCCCAGACGCGGCACUUGGCCUUCGCCCACUACAAGAUCUUCAUCCGCUCGGCCGAGUGCACCAGCGAGACGGGCCGCGGCUUCGGGGGCAUCGAGCGCGGCCUGGCCCGGCUCCUGGGGCGGCUGCCCGGCUUCCAGGAGAGCUGCAGGAGCUUUUUGCGGGACGCUGAGGAAAUCGCCUCCAGCCGCCGCAUGAACAGCCUGACCCUGAACCGGCACACAGAGAUCUUGGAGAUCCUGGAGAUCCCGCAGCUGAUGGACACCUGCGUCCGUAACAGCUACUACGAGGAGGCGCUGGAGCUCGCUGCUUACGUGCGCCGGCUGGAGAGGAAACACUCCUCCAUCCCAGUCAUCCAGGGUAUUGUGGACGAAGUGCAUCAGUCUUCACAGCUGAUGCUGAAUCACUUGAUCCAGCAACUGCGCACUAAUAUCCAGCUGCCAGCUUGCCUGCGUGUCAUUGGCUACUUGCGGCGCAUGGAUGUCUUCACAGAGGCCGAACUGCGCAUCAAGUUUCUGCAGGCCCGGGACGCCUGGCUCCACUCCAUCCAGGCCUCUAUCCCUGAUGACGACCCCUAUUUCCACAUCACCAAGACCAUUGAGGCCUGCCGCGUCCAUCUCUUUGACAUCAUCACACAGUAUCGCGCCAUCUUCUCAGAUGAGGAGCCGUUGCUGCCUCCCGGCGAGCAUGUGGUCAAUGAGAGUGCCAUCUUCCAUGGCUGGGUGCUGCAGAAGGUUUCACAAUUCCUGCAGGUUCUGGACAGUGACCUCCAGCGGGGGGUGGGCAGCCGCUUGGACUCACUGUUGGGUCAGUGCAUGUACUUUGGCCUGUCCUUUAGCAGGGUGGGAGCUGAUUUCCGGGGCCAGCUGGCCCCAGUGUUCCAGCAAGUUGCAUUUGGCACUUUCAAGAAGGCGAUUCAGGAAGCAGUGGACAAAUUCCAAGAUGAGAUGAACUCCUACACGCUGAUCUCUGCUCCUGCUGUCCUGGGCAGCACCAUCCCUGUGGCAGUGCCAAGCACCCAGCCAGGAACCCUGCAGCCUCCCAUGGUGCUGCUGGACUUCCCACCUCUUGCCUGCUUCCUGAACAAUAUUCUGGUUGCCUUCAAUGACUUGCGUCUCUGCUGCCCUGUGGCUCUUGCCCAGGAUGUAACAACUUCCCUGGAGGUUGCCCUGGGCAAGGUGACUCAAACAAUCUUGGCUUUUCACCGGGCAGAGGAGGCGGCUUUCAGCAGCCGGGAGCAGGAGCUUUUUGCUCAGUUCUGUACGGUGUUUGUGGAAGACCUGCUCCCCUAUCUUAACCGUUGCCUCCACGUGCUCUUUCCCCCAGCCCAGAUAGCACAGACCCUGGGUGUUCCUCCCACUCAGCUGCACAAGUAUGGCAGCCUUGGCUGUGUGGACGUGAAUGUGAUCAAGGAGCCACUCGCCUUCGUCCUGCCAAAGAGAGAGGCCAUGUUCACUCCAGAUGAGAAGGAACUGGCCCAGGAGAACCUGGCACCUGCACCAGAAAUUCCAGGGCCAGAACAGGGAGUAGAGCCUAGUGCAGGAGAUGCCGUUUCUUGGCAGGCAAGCGGGUGGGCAGCCCGUAUCCUCCAGCAUGAGAUGGACCACCUGCAAGGCAUCCUGUACAUCGACAAAAUGGAGAGCCGGACCUUUGUGAAUACGCGCUGGAUGGAGCUGAAUGACUGAGCCCCUCACGUGCUGCAUCAUGGACAGCUGGAGUGACUGGCUUAGGUUAGGGUGUGCCCGCCACUCUGACCAAGGGCACGAUGGCUGCGCUGGGAGCCUCUGGCAGCAGGUGGUAGCUCUCCCACCGACAGCAAGGGAAAUAAAUGUGUUCCACAGCUCA